CGUAGACGUCCUAAUCAACCAGGCGUUCCAUGCAUUUUGAUCAGCUGGUUAGCUUAUUAGACCCAGGACUUCCAAGAAGCGAGUCGCACGGACGUUGGUGGCCAUUUUGAGCAGAAACCUCUUCCUUCAACCUCAACAUGGGUAAAAUGAAGAAGACGAAGAAGUUUGCUGCGGUGAAACGAAUGAUUUCACCGAAGGAUAUGAGAAUAAAAGAAAAUCAAGAAAAAGAAGAAGCGAAAAGGAAGAAGAAAGAAGACGAGCAAACUCGCCACGUGGAACAAUCAUCAUCUGCCUUGUUCUUUCAAUACAACACUCAACUUGGGCCUCCAUAUUAUAUACUGGUGGACACUAAUUUUAUAAACUUCUCCAUAAAGAAUAAACUGGAGAUUGUGAAGUCUAUGAUGGAUUGUCUAUAUGCAAAAUGUGUUCCAUGCAUUACUGACUGUGUAAUGGCAGAGUUAGAAAAACUGGGUCCAAAGUAUAGAGUGGCACUUAGAAUGGCCAAAGAUCCUCGUUUUGAACGCUUGCCUUGUAUGCACAAAGGAACUUAUGCUGAUAACUGCAUAGUAAACAGAAUACAACAGCACAAAUGUUAUAUUGUGGCCACAUGUGACAGAGAUCUGAAAAGAAGAAUACGCAAGGUUCCAGGAGUCCCCAUCAUGUACAUUUCUCAACACAAGUACACAAUUGAAAGAAUGCCUGAUGCAUAUGGAGCACCAAGAGUAUAGGCAGACAGGGUGUUUUGAGAACAUUCUCGUGUGGUCUACGAGAUGUCACCUCUUUGAAAGACGUGUCGGAAUUACAAGUCAGAAGAUGUGCGCAUUCUGACGAUGUGAAGCUAUGCGUGAAGGAAUAGAGUAAAGGACAGUCACCUACAUGUCUGCUAUGUUCAACCAGCUAUAAAAAAUAUUGGAGAACGUUAAGUUUAUCUUAAAGAAUCGUGAACCAUAAACUUUGGAAGAGUCUGGUUAUCUUUAAUCUCUCUUUUCGUGAAUAUUCAUGGCACCCUAUUGGUAGCGAAUGAAAUUGAAAUGGUUAUUGGUGACUUAGCAUGUUUUCUUUUGUGAAAGAUUCAUUAAAUUAACUUCUUCUGUGACCAGCUGAAGUUAUAGCAAUCUCAGAACUCACUUUAUUGAUUGGACAGAUGUAAAACAAAGCCAUUGUUGUUGGUUACUUUUGAACAAAGAAAGUAAAAUUUGAAUAAAAGACCUAAUUAAUGUUGAUAGUACUAGUUUUUAAAAGAACUUUAGUUUUCUGGCAAAAAGAUUGCAAAAAAGUAGAAAUGAAUAUGAGAUGCUGAAGAUCUAAUAAAAACAAUACAACAUUAAAAGGUAAAUUUGAUUAAAGAGAAAGAAAUAAAAACUGGACUUGUCCUAUUAUAAUUC